AUGUCAUCUAGAGGAGGUAAAGUUGCGGUAGCAAGCGUAGCGAUUGUGGCAUCGUGGUUCUUUGGAGUCAACUUCUGGAAACCCCUCGUAGUGUAUGUUCCACCCCCCUCCAAACACAACAAUAACUAAUACUAACAAUCAACAUCAUCAAGAGAACAACUAGAGAAGGACGGAAACUUGAGACUGGACGUGCAUUACGAAAAACCAAAAGUCGACAUCAAAUCAUGGGCUGACUUACGGCAGAAACUCGAAGCUGUUGCUGAUCCGCAGAAAAAUUUCAGCGAAGAAGACAAGGCGAGCUUGGAGCAGUUGAAAGAACAAUUACAGGAAAAUCGUCCACGGGAGAGCUAA